AUGGCAGAUGCAAGGGCACAGAAAGAACCUGAUGAGCGGCGGCCCAUUCCCAGGGCACCCACCUGGAAUGCCAAUAUGACUCAGGAGCAGUACAAUCAAGCAGCGCGGGAAGUCUUUCAAGAGUCGCAGCUCGUGAGCCUCAGUACCGACAAAGAUCAGCUGAGCAAGCGCCCGACGCGCUUCAAGAAGCCGAAGACGGUGACCUGCGAGACGUGUGGGCGGGAGUUCACUCAAGCGUCCAUCAACCUGCACCGACGCAAGUGCACAAGUCUACAGGACAGGAAAUCUCGAAGCCACAGUCGGGCUGAAGAUUGCGACUCCGACCCAGAGACACCACGAGCCGCAAGUCGAGCACAAAGCUGUCGAGAAGCUUCACCAGCAGCCACCGCUUGGGUUGUUCGGAAUGUGAAUGUUCGCAGCCGCAGCGCCGAUGUCGCGCCCAUGAGCAUGCAAAGGCCCAGGACUCCCAAGACGGUGCCCUGCCAAAUCUGUGGGAAGCACUUCUUGUACACUUCCAUACGGGUGCACCAGAACCAGUGCGCGCGGCAGCAUGGGCUUGCACCCAGACUUGCAGUCAAGCGCGAGAUCUCUGGGAAGCGAUCGAAGUCGAACACUCCAAGAAGUCGAGAUCCUACCCCACGAGGCAAGACACCAUCUCCGGAUGUUGCUCCACAUCUUCCUGCUUCGGUACGAAAGCGGUUCGUGACUUGCCACAUCUGCGGACAGCUCUUUGGCACAAGAUCCAUCCACUGCCAUGUGCCUCGGUGCGAGAAACUCUGGAAAGCUCGAGAGGCCCAGAAGCCAAUUUGGGAGCGCCAGUCAGUUGGGCCGGGAAGCAAGUCUCCGAGAUAUCCCACACCUCCGAGAGUGAAUUUUGCAGACAUGCCCGGGCGCAAGACUUCGGAGAAGGCUUCAUUUGCACCGUCCAAGCGGGUGACGGCCGUUGUCUGCCAUCUUUGUGGCCGCCAUUUCAGCCUGGCCUCGAUCGCCAUUCACCUGCCACGCUGUCAGAGGACGUGGGAGGAGCGCGAGCACCUAAAGGCGCAGAAGGAUCAGAGAAAAGUACCAGAAGCGCCUCACGCUGCUCUUGGAUGCGAGGAGUACAACCAAAUUGCCAGGAAGAUAUACCAGGAGAACGGCGCCGAAGCUUGCCCCAGGUGUGGCCGGAGACUUGCAGAUGACAAGCAAUUCGAUCAUCAUGUGGCCAACUGCCGGGUCAACGUUGUGACAGAGGAGAAAGCACCUCCAUCACCAGCUCCCCCAGUGCUGGUGACUUGUCACCUCUGCGGCAGGGACUUCGGCAACACCAGUAUUGACAUUCAUCAGCAGCAAUGCACCCAACGAUGGGCCCAGCGAGAGUCAAAAAGGCCACCGGACGACCGCCGCCCGCUUCCUCACCCUCCUGAAAGAAGCAGCGGGAUGUCCCAGGAGGAGUACAAUCGAAUGGCCCUGAAGAUCUUCCGGGAAUGCCACAAACUCAGCUGCAAGUUCUGCAGCAAAGCCUUCUGGGAUGAGGAGAGAUUUCAGCAGCAUGUGCGAGUCUGCGAACAGCUUGCUGCUGAGCCUGCCGUCAAUGUGGUAGAAACCUUGCGGCACAGUACCUCUCCUGAAAGACCGCCGAAGCUCGUCUGCCUCAUCUGCCACAUCUGCGGGAAGCAGUUCGGAACUACAUCUCUGGAAAUUCAUAUCCCGCAAUGCGCUAAGAAGUGGGAGCAGCGGCAGGCCGUGAAACCUGUCGAGUUGAGACGUGCCGUGCCUGAGCGGCCGGAGAGGACCUCCGACAUGACGCAGGAGACCUACAACUUGCUGGUGAAGGAGACAGCCGACACCAAGGGUGUGGCUGUUGAAGCAGAGGAGGAGACCGCUGCCGUGAAGGUGACAUGCUUGAAAUGUGGCUGCGCCGCUGCGGGCGACAAUUUUCAUUUGCACGUUUGCCAGUUGGAGGUCUCAAGCCCUGACGUCGACUCCGACGUUGAUGUUCCUGGAGGACCUGCACUUCAUACUGAAGCCUACAUUCGACCCCCUGCCGGCCUGGAUCCCUCCUUUACUGGUGGCUUCAAGAAGGGCAGGUCCAGCGUCACCUCCUUCCGCUUCAGCUACGCAGAUCUCUUCGUUCUUCAGCUUCUCUCUCGGAUGUGGUGCUUAGUGGGCAAGCAGCAGUGGAGCACCGCCCAGCCGUCCUUGAGGUGGCUCCGUGAACACCCGCCCCUGCCGGUGCCUGAAAUCCCACCGCCGGAUGUCUCAGCCAUGGCUGCAACAGGAGGCCUGAACGGCAUAAGCAAAGUCGGAGAUCGGAGUGGCGAGCAUCCGUCAGAGGCUUCGGUGUCCAGGCUGGCAUGGUCCGCUGCAGACGAAUGGCGGAGACUUGCGGAAGUCCGCAGUGAGUUGGAGAGGUGCCGGGAUCAGCUUGCAGAGCACCAGGCGGUCUUGCUGCACGUGGGCGAUGCAAUCCACACAGAGGUGGAUCGCUUGCAGGAGUGGGAAAGAAACAUCAAGGUCCGAGAAGAUGAGCUAGGCGAUGUGGAGAAGCAGCUGGAGGGUAUGCGAUCGGAGAUCCAAAAGCAGUACCUCACGCCGCUGGCUCAGGCUGAGGUGGAAAGCAUCGGGUCAUCCCUUGGCGGACCAGGGGCGCUGCCCAAGUUUCAGGCCCUGCCGACCACAAACCUUGGCAUCAUAGGGGGGAAGAUGGGGGAAGGGGGUAAGGAGGAGGGAAGGUAA